AUGACAGCUGAAGCUAAUGUGGUGACGGUGAACUGUGCCAGGAUCAUCCACGGGAACCAGGUGGCCACCAACGGAGUGGUGCAUGUGAUCGACAGAGUGAUCCGAGCCACAGGGAGCACCAUCCAGUCCUACGUAGAGGUGGACGAUGAGCUCACCACCCUCGCCGUGAGUCUGCAGCCGCCACACCCAGCAGAACCCAGUAGAACCCAGCAGAACCCAGCAGAACCCAGUAGAACCCAGUAG